UGUGCUGCUUCCGCCGUGCACGUUGCCCUUGCCCGGCAUUUUUUCCUGGUUUGGGGACGGACUCCACCAGAGGAAAGGUGAUGUCUCUUGAAGAGAGGCUGAAAGCCCUGGGAUAGGAAGGGUGAGCGAGAGACAAUGGAGUCUGUCGCGUCGAUUGUUGGGGAUCGGGAGUAGCCUUGACUUCUGAGCCAUGGUAACCAGCCUUCCCUGUGAUCCUCCUGAAAAGUUACCGGCGUUGAGGACGUGAACUCCUUGUCCGCAAGCCAGGCCCUGGGUAGUGGCAGCGGUUUGUCUUUUAAUGCACUUCGCAUAUUUGCGAGCCGGGACACGGGUCUGCUAAGAAACCCAGGCGUUCUUCCCGGAGGUGGGUUCUCCGCGGAGAUCUGCGGCGCAGAAGAAGAGGGCAGGACUGCACCCUCGCCUUGUGGGAAACCGGGGAGACUCGCAGUCAUUCAGUCAUUCGUCGAGUGCCACUGUGUGCCGGGCGAGGAGGAUGCUAGUCUUUUGCACAGCACAUCACUGUUCGCCGUGCACUAGGAGCCCUGGUGGCGCAGUGGUUAAAGCUCUGGGCUGCUAACCGAAAGAAGCCUGCAUGUUAGAAUGGGAUUUGGAGUCAUCAUAAUGGAAGCAAAAUAUGUGAAGGAAAAACAGUUAUUUUUAUACCAGUAUAUUCCACCUGAUUACUAGUUUUGCAAAUGCUUUUCUUCAUUUAAGAAAAUUUGUGAUGUAAAUGAAAAGAUAACUUUUUUCAAGACUUACUCAUCACAAAUAUGCUUCGUCUAAGAGCCAUUUGUCCAUUCUUCUGGAGAGUGUUUCAAUUUCGACCAUCAAAUUGUGAACUAUUAAUUAGCCAGAUGAAUAAGUGUACAGAUGAAGAACAAAUAUUUGAUAUUAUUGAAAGAAACAAAGCUACCCUUUCAGAAAAACAAGUGGGAUGUGCAUUUGAUAUACUUUGGCAGUUUCAAAAGAAGACCAGCUUAAAAAAUGUCGAAUAUGUCAAAGACCAUCCCCAAUUUCUUACUCUUCGUAAUUUAGCUACAGAUAAAAUAGAAUUAAUGAAUGAUGAUACCCUGGUGAAUGUGUUGUACAUCAUGCAACAGCUUGCUGUUGAGGCUCAUGACCCUCUAGUUGAAGCACUAGUUUCAGAAGCAUGGAGAAGGCUGGAAAGGUUUGAUAUUAAUGUGCUGUCAAAAUUUUCCUCUUGCCUAGCAGAUCAACGUUUGUGCUUUAGUCCAUUAAUGGGAAAAAUAGCUGAUAUUGUAAAUAGGAACUUGGAAACCAUACAGGACUUAAGGUGCUUGUCUGUCUUGAUGGUCAGCACAUCUCCUUUAAUAUCACAACAUUUUCGAGAAAGAUUAGUAAAAAAAACAGAACUUCUUUUCAACACCUUAGAUUCUUCCCAGGUCAACACCUCAAGAAGAAUAGUACAGUUUCUUCAGAAUGUUAAAUAUAGUUAUUACCCACUAUUAGAAAGGUGCAAUAAAGUGUUUUUAAGCAAUGUGAGCCACCUUGAUUUAGAGUACAUUAGUAAAAUACUUGUCCUAUACCAGUCUCUACGGUUUCAUAAUUUUGAAUUUAUUAGAAUGGCUACAACGAAGCUAACUGCAAUGAUUCCUCUGUAUGAUGACCCUGCUAGCUUUGUAAAAUUGUUUGUAGCACUGGGACCCAUGGCAGGACCUGAAGAAAGGGAACAACUUAAAUCGACCAUGUUAUUGAUGUCAGAGGAGCUGACCAAGCAACAAGCCCUGGCGGUAUUGGAAGCAAUGGAAGAGAUGGAAAGUGAAAAUUUGCACCUGAUUAAAAGAAUUGUUUCAAUUGUGCAUAAGCAUUUGGAUGACUGUAAACCACUAGAGUUAUUCAGGAUAACUCGAGCACUGACUUUCCUGCGUUUUCAAAGUAAAGACAUUUUUGUGAGACUCAGAGAAUUACUGCUUAGUUAUUUGAAAGUAAGUGUCAUAACCGCUGAGAUUUCAGUCCUGGUCUCUGCCAUUUCCAUGCUUCCUUCACCUCACCUAGAUGAAGUAGGGACAUCCCGAAUUGAAGCAGUUUUACCACAGUGUGACCUCAAUGAUCUGAAUAGUUUUGCCACAUCUGUUUUAAGAUGGAUUCAGUAUGAUCGCACGUAUUCGAGUAGUAUUGCUGGAAAACAACUGAAAUUACUUCAAAAAUUGGAUCACUGUGGACGUCAGAGGCUACAAGAAAGCAAUAAUUUGGAUCUGUUAUGGGAGAAACUUAAAUAUUCAAAAGGAGACUGGUUUGUUGAGUCACUUCUUGAAGAAACAAUUGCUACUUUUCAGCGGUUGAUGAAUGAAAUCAAUUACACAAAUGUUGCCGAGAUUGCAACUUUUAUUUCUAGAAGUAGCUACCUCAGUACUUCGCUACUUGAUAGGAUAGCCUCAGUGGUUCUUCAACAGAUUGAAAAGAUCCAUCCUUUUUCGAUCCUUGGCAUUAUUCUUCCAUUCAGCAUCUUGAACUAUGACCCACCUCAAAGGGAUGAAUUCUUGGGAACUUGCAUUCAACAUCUUAAUUCUCACCUAAGCAUAUUGGAUCCUUUCAAAUUAGUGUUUCUUAGUUUCUCUCUGGCCACCCUGGGGUGUUUUCCAGAAGAUCUGCUGAAGACAAUUUUUAACAUCAAAUUCUUAUCCAAAUUGGAUUCUCAACUUGAAUUUUUACCUUCACCUCUAACUAAGAGGGUCCACUUACGUCUUAUGGAGUUAAAUAGAGCAGUCUGCUUGGAAUGCCCUGAGUUUCAGAUUCCCUGGUUUCAUGACCGUUUCUGUCAACAACACUAUAAUAAAGAUAUUGGCAGCAUGAAUGGAGUACAACAGCAGAUGUAUAAAAUGCUAGCAGAGGUACUAGGAGGAAUCAAUUGUGUAAAAGCCUUGGUUCUUACACCUUAUUACUACAUGAUAGAUUUUGAGUGUGUCUUAGAUAAAAGAAAAAAGCCUCUUCCUUACGGAAACCAUAAUAUAAUUUCGGGAAAAGUGCCAGAGGUGCACUGGAAAUCAAAUACCCAAAUAGAUGGAUCAAGGCUGCCACCAGGAUCUGAAAGGAUUGCUUUGGAGUUUUUGUAUUCAAGAGCUUUUUGUAGAAACAUCCCUCAUUUAAAGGGAGUAUCUGCCAUGAAAAAACGACACUUGGAAAUUUUGGGCUAUCAUGUAAUUCAGAUUCCACAUUUUGAAUGGAACUCAAUGGCACUAUCGACAAAGGAUGCUCAGAUGGACUACCUGAGAGAACGUAUAUUUGGAGAAGGCAAAUCAUAAUUGUAGUUUUUGUUUAAAAUUAGUAAUCAUCAUUUGUCACAUUUGGACUUAUUUUAAUGAUGUGAUCUGACCCAAUUAAAAAAUAGUGUAGAAUUAACUGAUUUCAAGGCCAGUUGAAUACCUCUUAAAAUAAACAGACAUUUUAAAAUGAAGUACUUUUUCUACUCUCUAGUUGGAAAAUUGUUUAACAUUCUUAGUAUAAAAGACAUGUAGUUUUUAAGAAUCUUAAAUAGUUUACCAUUCAUUCUUUGAGUGCAUACUAUGUGCCAGAAACUGGCUUAUGCGCUGGGGGUAUAGCAGUGCAUACAGCAUAUUUUCUGUGUGUGGUCAGACAAAAAAAAGAAAAAGAAUAAAAUAUUUUAUACGAUGUUAAGUUCAAUGGAGAAAAAUCCAGAACAGGGGAUAGGAAUAUUAUGGGGUGUGUGAUUUUAAAUAAGGUUGUCUGGGAAAAGCUCACUGAGGAGGUAUUGGAGUAAAGACUUAAGGAGGUGAGGCCAUAUGGGGGUAGAGUAUUCAAGGCAGAAAAAACAGUAGGUGCAAAGAUCUUGAGGUUAGAAUAUGCCUGGAGUGUUUGAGAGUAACAAGGAAUCCACUAUAGCUGGAGCAGAACAAGUGUUCAGAGGAGAAGAUGUGGAGAAUGUAUUAGAAGAAAAGGUAAGAGAGAUAACAGUCAAAAUAUAUAGGAUCUCAUGGCCGUCCUUGAGAUAGGAAGCCUUUGGAGGAUUUUGAGCAAAGGAAUGAUAAGAACUCACAAUUUAACCAGCUUACUCUGGCUGCUCUGUUGAGAUGAGAAAAGAUUGCAGUGGGCAGUUAUGUAAGCAGAGAAACUCAUUAUUCCAGUAAUCCAGUCAAGAAAUGAAUGGUGACUGUCUUAGUCAUCUAGUGCUGCUAUAACAGAGAUACCACAAGUCGAUGGCUUUAACAAAGAGAAGUUUAUUUCCUCCAGUAAAGUAGGCUAAAAGUUCAAAUUCAAGGUGUCAGCUCCAGGGGAAAGCUUUCUCUCUCUGUCGGCUCUGGAGGAAGGCCCUUGUUCUCAAUCUUCCCAUGGUCAAGGAGCUUCUCAGGUGCAGGGACCCUGGGUCCAAAGGACGUGCUCUGCUCCUGGUGCUGCUUUCCUGGUGGUAUGAGGUCCCCAACUCUGCUCACUUCCCUUUCCUUUUUAUCUCUUGAGAGAUAAAAGGUAGUGCAGGCCACACCCUGGGGAAACUCCCUUUACAAUGGAUCAGGGAUGUGACCUGGGUAAGGGUGGUAUUACAAUCCCACCCUAAUCCUCUUUAACAUAAAAUUACAACCACAAGAUGGAGGAUAACCACAGACUACUGGGAAUCAUGGCCUAUCCAAUUGGAUACACACAUUUUUGGGGGGACAUAAUUCAAUCCAUGACAGUGACCUUCUCUUAGUCCAAGACUGGAACCAUUCCUAAAGCCAACUCUUCAAGCAGUGAUUGGACUGGACUAUAAGAUAGAGAAUGAUACUGGUGAGGAGUGAGAUUCUUGACUCAAGUAGACACAUAAGACUAUGUGGGCAACUUCUGUCUGGAGGGGAGAUGAGAAGGCAGAGGGGGACGGAAGCUGGCUGAAUGGACACAGGGAAUACAGGGUAGAGAGAAGGAGUGUACUGUCUCAGUAGGGGGAGAGCAAGGUGUAUAUAAAUUUUUGUAUGAGAGACUGACUUGAUUUGUAAACUUUCACUCAAAGCACAAUUUAAAAAAAAAAAAAGAAAUGAAUGGUGGC